UCCGCCCGGUGAAGUUUCUGUGUGAGACCCGAGGCGCGAAGGGAAGAGGCGUGACCAAGAUUCGCUAGGUGUAGUAGUGCCUUCAGUACCGCUUUGUGGCUGCUGUUGAAGAGAGGAGAGGCACGUUCAAGCUAACAGUUGGAGUCUCUUUGACGAAUACCUUACUCCUGCCCCCGGGAUUAAAGGGGAAGUCGAGGCCUGAAUGGGCUCGGUCAUCUCCUGCAGUUCGCGCGAAGACAGCAGCCGUGGCAGGUAAAAGAUUGCCGUAUCCACUUACUGAAGCUAUAGCCUCACUAUCUUUGUCUUUUAAACUGCAUCAACAAUGAAGCAGUGAUAUCUGAGAACAAAUGAACAGUUGCCAAAUAACUGUCAUCACAAUUUCAAGUGAUUGUAUAAGCAGAAACAAGCUGUAACAGACCCAUGUGUCAACUCUUGUAGAGAGUAUGCUUUUUUCAGAUGCUGUUUAUUUAGAAACAGUUUUAGUGUAGCACAUUUAAAUAUUUAUAUCAAAUGAAAUAAAAAUGAGUGACGGCCCCAGAUUCUUUGUUGGGCCUGAAGAAACAGAAAUAAACCCUGGAAAUUACCGACACUUCUUCCACCAUGCAGAUGACGAUGAUGAAGAGGAGGAUGAGUCUCCACCAGAAAGGCAGAUUGUGGUUGGAAUAUGUUCGAUGGCAAAGAAAUCCAAAUCCAAACCAAUGAAGGAAAUUCUUGAAAGGAUCUCCUUAUUUAAAUAUAUCACAGUAGUAGUAUUUGAAGAGGAUGUUAUUUUGAAUGAACCAGUGGAAAACUGGCCUUUGUGUGAUUGUCUUAUUUCUUUUCAUUCUAAAGGAUUUCCACUGGACAAAGCAGUUGCCUAUGCAAAACUCAGGAAUCCAUUUGUAAUCAAUGACUUGAAUAUGCAGUAUCUCAUACAAGAUAGGAGGGAAGUAUAUAGUAUUCUUCAGGCUGAAGGUAUUUUACUUCCUCGUUAUGCAAUUUUGAACCGGGACCCAAAUAAUCCCAAAGAAUGCAAUCUCAUUGAAGGGGAAGAUCAUGUAGAAGUAAAUGGGGAAGUUUUCCAAAAGCCGUUUGUAGAAAAGCCAGUCAGUGCAGAAGAUCACAAUGUUUACAUUUAUUAUCCAACAUCUGCUGGUGGUGGAAGUCAAAGACUUUUUCGAAAGAUCGGCAGUAGAAGUAGUGUUUAUUCCCCAGAAAGCAAUGUACGAAAAACAGGCUCAUAUAUAUAUGAAGAGUUUAUGCCCACAGACGGUACUGAUGUUAAGGUUUAUACAGUGGGUCCAGAUUAUGCCCAUGCUGAAGCUCGAAAAUCUCCUGCACUUGAUGGGAAGGUAGAACGAGAUAGUGAAGGAAAAGAAGUGAGAUACCCUGUUAUUCUCAAUGCGCGAGAGAAAUUAAUUGCUUGGAAAGUCUGCCUUGCAUUUAAGCAAACAGUUUGUGGCUUUGAUUUGUUACGGGCCAAUGGACAGUCCUAUGUCUGUGAUGUCAAUGGCUUCAGUUUUGUGAAAAAUUCCAUGAAGUAUUAUGAUGAUUGUGCAAAAAUACUUGGGAAUAUUGUAAUGCGAGAGCUUGCUCCACAGUUUCAUAUCCCCUGGUCAAUACCCUUAGAAGCUGAAGAUAUCCCAAUUGUACCAACUACAUCUGGAACUAUGAUGGAACUUAGAUGCGUCAUAGCCGUCAUACGUCAUGGGGAUCGAACACCAAAACAAAAAAUGAAAAUGGAAGUGAGGCAUCAAAAAUUCUUUGAUCUUUUUGAAAAGUGUGAUGGAUAUAAAUCUGGGAAACUAAAGCUCAAAAAACCAAAACAAUUACAGGAAGUGCUAGAUAUUGCACGACAACUUCUAAUGGAGUUGGGACAAAAUAAUGAUUCUGAAAUUGAAGAAAACAAGUCAAAACUUGAACAACUUAAGACUGUGUUAGAGAUGUAUGGUCAUUUUUCUGGAAUAAAUCGCAAGGUACAAUUAACCUAUCUCCCCCAUGGUUGUCCUAAGACAUCUAGUGAAGAAGAAGACAGCCGAAGAGAAGAGCCAUCCUUACUUUUGGUUCUAAAAUGGGGCGGAGAACUAACUCCUGCAGGCAGGGUCCAGGCUGAAGAACUUGGAAGAGCUUUUAGGUGUAUGUAUCCUGGAGGUCAAGAUUAUGCAGGAUUUCCUGGUUGUGGUUUACUAAGAUUACAUAGCACCUACCGACAUGACCUUAAAAUAUACGCCUCUGAUGAAGGACGAGUCCAGAUGACUGCAGCAGCUUUUGCAAAGGGGCUGUUAGCUCUAGAAGGAGAACUUACACCCAUUCUUGUUCAAAUGGUGAAAAGUGCAAACAUGAAUGGCCUUUUGGAUAGUGAUAGUGACUCUUUGAGCAGUUGUCAGCAGCGUGUGAAAGCAAGACUUCAUGAAAUACUUCAGAAAGACAGAGAUUUUACUGCUGAAGAUUAUGAAAAGCUUACUCCAUCUGGAAGCAUUUCUCUUAUCAAAUCAAUGCAUUUAAUUAAAAAUCCUGUGAAGACCUGUGACAAAGUGUAUUCCUUGAUACAGAGUUUGACUUCUCAAAUCAGACAUCGAAUGGAAGAUCCCAAAUCAUCAGAUAUUCAGCUUUAUCAUAGUGAGACCUUAGAGCUCAUGCUACGUAGAUGGUCCAAGUUGGAGAAAGACUUUAAAACAAAGAAUGGAAGAUAUGAUAUUAGUAAAAUCCCUGACAUAUAUGACUGUAUAAAAUAUGAUGUCCAACAUAAUGGUUCCUUGAAAUUGGAAGACACAAUGGAAUUAUAUAGGCUUUCAAAGGCAUUAGCAGAUAUUGUUAUUCCUCAGGAAUAUGGUAUAACUAAAGCUGAAAAACUGGAGAUUGCCAAAGGCUACUGUACUCCUCUAGUUAGAAAAAUUCGCUCAGAUCUUCAAAGGACACAAGAUGAUGACACUGUAAAUAAACUCCAUCCUGUGUAUUCCAGAGGUGUUCUGUCACCUGAACGUCAUGUCCGUACCAGAUUAUAUUUCACCAGUGAAAGUCACGUGCAUUCUUUACUGUCUAUUCUUCGCUAUGGUGCCUUAUGCGAUGAAUCAAAGGAUGAACAGUGGAAACGAGCUAUGGAUUAUUUAAAUGUUGUCAAUGAACUCAACUACAUGACUCAGAUUGUUAUCAUGCUUUAUGAGGAUCCUAACAAGGAUCUUUCCUCUGAGGAACGCUUUCAUGUUGAAUUACAUUUUAGUCCAGGAGCCAAAGGGUGUGAAGAAGACAAAAAUUUACCAUCUGGCUAUGGAUAUAGACCAGCUUCAAGGGAGAGUGAAGGCAGGAGAUCUUUUAAAAUUGAUAGUGAUGAUGAACCACAUACUUACAAAAAAGAUGAGGUUGAUCGAGCUGUGAUAUUGUUUAAGCCUAUGGUAUCAGAGCCGAUUCAUAUACACAGGAAGUCUCCACUUCCAAGAUCUAGGAAGAUGGGUGCAAAUGAAGUAAAUUAUUCAAGUAAAACCUUGAAGACUUUUUCCAGCGUCCAUCAUCUCCAUGGAUAUCAGAAGUUUGUACUUCCAAAAGACACACAGAGAAAAAGACUAUUCUCUUCAUUUUGUGAAGAGAGCCCCCUGAGUGUGUCUAGCCCAGAGGGUACUGGUACCUGGCUGCAUUACACCAGUGGUGUGGGUACUGGGCGUCGAAGACGCAGAUCAGGGGAACAAAUCACUUCUUCCCCUGUCUCCCCCAAAUCAUUGGCUUUCACAUCCAGUAUUUUUGGCUCAUGGCAACAGGUUGUAUCUGAAAAUGCUAAUUACUUACGAACACCAAGAACUCUUGUAGAACAGAAGCAGAACCCUACUGUAGGGUCUCACUGUGCGGGCCUGUUUAGCACCUCGGUGCUCGGGGGUUCUUCAAGCGCACCUAACCUACAGGAUUAUGCUCGUACUCAUCGUAAAAAGCUGACUUCUUCUGGCUGCAUAGAUGACGCCACACGGGGUUCUGCUGUUAAAAGGUUUUCUAUCUCAUUUGCUCGACACCCAACCAAUGGUUUUGAAUUGUAUUCGAUGGUGCCAUCUAUUUGUCCUUUAGAAACUCUUCACAAUGCCCUGUCUUUAAAGCAGGUGGAUGAAUUUCUUGCUUCCAUUGCUUCUCCAUCAAGUGAAGUUCCACGGAAGACCCCUGAAAUUUCCUCUUCAGCUUCACGUUCCAGUCCAAUAAUGAGAAGAAAAGUAUCUUUGAAUACAUAUACACCUGCAAAGAUCCUCCCAACACCAGCAACUACCAUAAAGAGUACUAAAGCAAGCAGCAAACCAGCUCCCAGCGGACCUUCUAGUACAGUUGUUCCUAAUACCUCAUCUCGGAAAAAGGGAGUGAGUAGCAAAACAGAAAUGCAUGAAUACAAAAAAAACGCUGCGAAAAAAAAAUGAAAUCUUCUUAGCAGAAGCUGGAACUCCUUAUACUUAUAAAAAUCACGUGUUCAGGAGAAAGAGACAGAAUAAACCUUGACUGAAGAGUAUCAAAACAAGUAAUUUGUGUCUCCUUAUACAUCUCUGUAUUCAUUUAAAGAUACAUUAAAUCUAGAGAAUUCUUCUUAUAUAUUCAGGUAAGGAACUUUUGUCAUGAUCUGGAAAUGUUUAAAACAAUGUUUAUUAGCAUUUUAUGAGUAGCAAAACUUAUGGUGAUAAAGGUCUGUUGUUCUUAAUGUGAUGUUUACCAUGUGCCUCUGGUAGAAAAGGAACAUGAAAGCCCAGCUGGCCUGUACCAAUGUCACACAGUAAUGCUCUUUACUGAAGAAUCUGUGAGGUAGCCUCUGUACACAUUUUCAUUUUCAUGGGAUUGCAUCUUGGCUGUAAAAACCUAUAGCUUGAAAUUUGAUGGCCUUACUGGGGACUUUUAAAAAGCAUAUUUCCAAAGAGAUUUCAUUGACCAUUUAGAUUAGAAACUUUUUUCCCCAGUUGUUAUAAUUACAUAUAUGCUGCAAUAUUUAAUAACUGGAGUAUUAGCAUAUGGGUUAUUUUUUUCAAUCUAUGCUUUGAAUUUUUUAUUGUGUGUUAUUUAAAAUAUUACAUAUGCAGCUGGGACAACUGUAUGUUUAUGCACAUAAAUUUGUAUAUUAAUUUUUAGAAAAUAUUUUCUUUAUAUGUUUCCUUACCAUAAGGUGCUUUUGUUCAUGAGGAAAAUUUUGCUUCAUAUAUUGGCAAGAAAGACAUCUUUAGAGUUUCUUUUUAAGAGAUACAGUUGACAAGUUUAUAAAUGAUUGUUAUUUUCAGAGUUCUUUUUAGAUCUAAAAAGCUGAGUUCCGAAAGAUCAUCAAUGUAAGAAUUUCUGAAUUCCAUUGUUAGUAGGUAUUAUGUAUAGCAUCUGUUUUUACCAUUUCCAUUUUUAUCUCUAGAAUAUCAGUUGAUCUCACUAAGAUAACUUAAAGAUUGAGCAUUUGAAAUAAAUGCUCAUUUCAAAUAAUUAGAUUUUGAAUGGAAAUUGAGAUUAUUGUAUUGCGAUUUAAUCUGUGAUAUAAAAAAUAUUUAUUAUCCUUGGUGCUUAUUUUCUUUUCCCCAAUGCACAGAUAAUUAUUGUAUAAACCACUUGAAAUGACUUAAACUGUAAACCACACAGUACAUCUUGCAUCCAUCGCCAGUCGGGCCAGCUUAAAUUGCUAAAGCUUUAGUUUGAAGCUUAUGUUUAGAAAAAUUACUGAAUUCUUGUAUGAAUGCAGCUAUUAAAAUUCUUCAGUAGAGACUCUUCAAACCUUAAAUCAUCAUAUAUGAACGGACCUUAAAAUAUAAGCAUAUUAUGUGUUCAUUUUAAAAGGUACCAGAUGCAAAAGUCACAAAUAUAUACAAUUAUAUCAAUUCAUAUACUUCACAUGAAUGUAAAUGUAUUAUAUGGAGACAUGUCUUGUAAGCAGUUGAAUGUACCUAAGCUUUCUGUAUGUGAAAAUGUGGUUAAUGUGCUCAUUGUUGGAGUAAAGAAACUACUUUUAUUUUUUAAGUGGAACUGAAUUAAAAUAUUUUAUUUCUAGAAUCAGA